AUGACCUUCACCGGUAAUAAUGAUCGCACCGCCGCUUCUUCCUCUUCGUCUCCGGCGAUUCCGGUCAAGGUCAUUCCUCUCCAACAUCCCGAUUCUGAUCCUCGUCGUCCUUCCAUUCCCUUACAUCGUUUCUUCUCCCGAUGGACGGCGAAGAUCAAGCGUAUGACUGUCUUCGACUGGUUGGAUACGAUUUUUCCUUGCUUCCUUUGGAUUCGGACUUACCGGUGGCGACAAUAUUUUAAGCUCGAUCUCAUGGCUGGCAUCACCGUUGGCGUUAUGCUUGUUCCCCAGGCAAUGUCAUAUGCAAAGUUAGCUGGGCUUCAACCAAUAUACGGUCUAUACUCCUCAUUUGUGCCGGUAUUUGUGUAUGCCGUAUUCGGCUCAUCCCGCCAGCUUGCAGUUGGACCUGUAGCAUUGGUUUCUCUUCUUGUUUCCAAUGCUUUGAGUGGAAUUGUUGAUCCAUCUGAAGAGCUAUACACUGAGCUUGCUAUUUUGUUGGCAUUUCUGGUUGGAAUAUUUGAGUGCAUCAUGGGGAUUUUAAGGCUUGGAUGGCUUAUUCGUUUCAUAAGUCACUCAGUCAUUUCUGGAUUUACAACUGCUUCAGCCAUAGUGAUUGGAUUAUCCCAGUUGAAGUACUUCCUGGGGUAUAACGUUUCCCGGAGCAGCAAGAUUGUGCCACUGGUUGAGAGUAUAAUAGCUGGAGCUGAUCAGUUUAAGUGGCCACCUUUCUUGUUGGGAUCUAACAUUCUGGUGAUCCUCCUCGUAAUGAAGCAUGUGGGAAAAGCAAACAAGGAACUUCAGUUCAUUCGAGCAGCAGGGCCGCUCACAGGGCUUGUUCUUGGUACAACCAUAGCAAAAGUGUUCCAUCCACCUUCCAUCUCACUGGUGGGAGAUAUUCCUCAGGGCCUUCCAAAGUUUUCUUUCCCCAAAAGUUUUGAUCAUACACAAUUAUUGCUUCCAACGGCGGCUCUCAUUACUGGUGUGGCCAUCUUGGAAUCUGUAGGUAUUGCCAAAGCACUAGCAGCAAAAAACAGAUACGAGUUGGAUUCAAAUUCAGAGUUGUUUGGUCUUGGUGUUGCAAAUAUAUUUGGCUCAUUGUUUUCUGCAUAUCCGACUACAGGAUCCUUUUCUAGGUCAGCGGUGAAUAGCGAAAGUGAAGCUAAGACUGGUCUAUCAGGCCUUGUAACAGGCAUCAUCAUUGGAUGUGCUCUACUGUUCUUGACCCCAGUGUUUAAAUAUAUACCACAGUGUGCUUUAGCAGCAAUAGUGAUCUCGGCUGUUAUUGGCUUAGUGGACUAUGAAGGGGCUAUCUUCCUGUGGCGUGUAGACAAGAGAGAUUUUACUCUUUGGACCAUCACUAGCACCACCACUUUGUUCUUUGGAAUAGAGAUCGGAGUCCUCAUUGGUGUUGGUGUUUCACUUGCAUUUGUUAUACACGAGUCUGCAAACCCUCAUAUUGCUGUCUUGGGGCGUCUUCCAGGAACCACUGUGUACAGAAACAUGAAGCAGUAUCCAGAGGCAUACACUUACAACGGGAUUGUGAUUGUUCGAAUCGAUGCUCCCAUAUAUUUUGCCAACAUAAGUUACAUCAAGGACAGGCUAAGAGAAUAUGAAGUAGCUAUCGACAAACACACAAACAAGGGACCGGCGUUGGAUAGGAUCUAUUUUCUUAUCCUGGAAAUGUCUCCUGUCACCUACAUAGACUCAAGCGCCGUAGAAGCCUUGAAGGAAUUGUACGAGGAGUAUAAAACAAGGGACAUUCAGCUUGCGAUUUCGAACCCGAACAAAGAUGUUCUGUGGACUCUGGCAAGAUCAGGGAUUGUGGAGCUUAUUGGCAAAGAAUGGUACUUUGUGAGAGUACAUGACGCCGUCCAUGUUUGUCUUCAUUUCGUCGAGAGCUUGAGCCAGACACCCACAAAUGUUGAAACGAGCAACAGUUCAAACUUGUGGAGAAGGAUUGGGGCCAUUGUUGAAUCCGACACUAACCUUGUUUUGAAGGAGCCAUUGUUGUUCAGCGAGAAAUAA